AAUGGUGAGGUGUAGCACCCGAUAAUAACUUUGGGGGUUGGCGAUGGGGCGGGGUGCCAUCCCACCCGAAAAUGAAAAGUGCGAUUCAUAUCUGUUCAAGAUAGUGAAACUGAAAAUCGAUUUGUAAUUCAAAAGUGGGAACGAAGAGUAAUCAAAAUUGGAUCUCACACCAUAAUUAUUUUGCAUCAGUUUGAGAAUCGUUACUUUUAUCAGAUAUUAGGUAGAUCGAAUUAUACUAUCAUCAAAUUACAUGGAAGCACAACAGAACAUCGUAGAGAAUCUUGAUCGUAUCAGUGAUUUACCUGACAAUAUUAUUCAUCACAUUCUUUCCUUCCUCCUAAUAAAAGAUGUCAUAAGGACCAGCUUCUUAUCAAAAAGAUGGAGAUACAUAUGGACAUCCGUUCCCACUCUAGAAUUCGACGGCUUGGUAUUCUCUCCUAAGACAAAAUUCAUGAACUUUAUCGAAUCAGUUUUGCUUCAUCGUAGUGGAACUGGUAUCCAGACAUUUUCCUUAAGGUUUGGUGGUUAUUAUUGUGAUAGUUCUCAUCUUGAUAGUUGGUUUCUUGCUGCAGCAAACCACAAUGUUCGUGAGCUUAGUAUCUCUUUCCAUACUGGGGAAGCCUUUGAAUUACCUAGUUGCAUUUUUACUUGCAACUCCUUAACUGUUUUGAAGUUGAACUUAUACAACUCUGUUGUUAAUCUUCCUUCAAUUGUUCAUUUACCAUUUCUCAAGAGGCUUCAGCUUACUUCAGUCACAUUUUCGGAAGACGGCUGGAACCAAAUCUUUCGCAAUAGUCCAAUGCUUGAGGAUGUCAUUAUGGAGGAUUGUUAUGCUGAAAAUCUCAGACCUCUUCAGAUUUCCUCUUCUUCAUUGCGAAAUUUGAUUAUAGAUGGUCUCCUAAGAGCAUCCACAGUGGGCGAGUAUAACCAAAUUUAUGGGAUGAGAUCCUAACACAGUGGGACGGAGUAAAGAUCAAAUUUGAUCCAAAGAUCAAAUUCCAGACCAAAUAUGGUCGCGACCAA